GCGCAGAAUCAGCUCUUACUGAUGAAUAGUGCCUUUGUCAGAAAUGGCGUCAACAAGUACAAAGAAACAUAACACGCUGCUGAAGAAAUGGCAGAAAAUUAACGCUACAGACAUCUUCAGAGACCAAGGUGCCCUCAGGUCUCCUUCCUCAGAUCCUCUCAGCAUCACGGGUCCUGAGGAGCUGCACGGCUCAGACGACGGCAUAUUUGUCCAAAUCCAGCUCGAGUCGGCGGUCGAGCCCCCCUGGAGCGAAAGUGAAAGAAAGGCCGCCGGGAAGCAGGAGGAUCCACGUGGUGCAGGCCCGUCCUCCAAGAAGCCGCGCACGUCCAAUUUCCGAUGGCAUAGAAAAAUCGUUCAAAAGGGCGAAUUGAUCGAAGUGUCGAGGCAGUGGACGGAGACGUAUGACUUUACUCUGGACAGCAAGUUCAUAAAAAAUCCUCGUGACGAGACCGUGUCGAGGGCACUGCACGGCCCUUGGAAAUUCAACGUGAACGACACGGAGGAGCAAAUCCACCUGAUCUUCCACAUGUGGAUCGGUCUCUUCUAUAGCAAGACUGCGUCGCGCUUCUUUCACCUGGGCUCGGACCGACCCCCACCUGAGGAGUACGCGGCAGGAGGAGAUUCAAAAUCAGCGAAGGACGCCGAACCCGUGCUCUCCGCUUCGAUGUCCUCCAAGUCCGACAGCGUCACGACGAACGCUCCCGAUGACACCACCAGCAGCUCGUCCGUUAAGGCUGUGCCUAGCACACGGCUGUUUGAACCUCAGCUGAUGUUGCAGCUAACGGACGACUGCUCGGACGCCUCUGGUCCACAGUGUGAGGCUCAGAGGCCGCCAGAGAGCCCCCCGUACGAGGUGUUAGACCUUUCCCUGAAAGGGUGCAAGCCUUCGGACCUCACCGCCGCUGCUGCUGCGGACGCCUCCGCCGGAGAGGAAGCCAUCAGCGACCACCCAGGUGGGGAGCAGGUGUGCGGGGGCUUUGAAGGACCCCUUGACAUGAGGACGAGGGCACCUACUGAGUUGAAUGUCACCAGCAUCAUCAGUGAAGAGCCCUGCAGCACUGAAGGGACUAUGGGGGAAGACAAAAACACUACGACCGACGAUGUCGUCGCUACCAGCAUGAUGAUGAUUUCCUGCAAAAAUGACUGUGUCAUAAAGCAGGGGGAUUUCUCCUCUAGGAUUGGAACGAGCAAACCUCUCGACCUAUCGGGAAAGACUUUGGAUUUGUUUGAUCGUUUCCGUGAGGAUCAUAACCCAGUUGUCACACAGGACGGAAAGACUAAAUACAGAUUUUUUACCUUGGUGACAUCCGAAGAUCCAUUUUUUAGGAAAACAAAGGAGCAGCUUGAGGCGGACGGUCACACGGCCGUGGAGCCCGAGGGGUUUGAGCUGGAGAGCUGCAGCCCCGCCUCGCCGUUACUCAUCAUCGUGAGGAACGAAGACAUUGCCGAGCAUAUUUGUGAGAUUCCUCAUCUCCUCGAGUUAAAGAAGUCGUCCAGUGUCGUGUUUGCUGGGAUCGAUCGGCCCGAUGACAUUCUGAACCUCACCCACGAGGAGCUCUUUUGUAAGGGCGGAUUUCUGAUGUUCGAUGGAACGUCCCUAAAGAAACUGACAUUAGAAAGCAUGAAAAGGACGGUGCCUUCCUGGAGAGCUGGGCAGGAAGGGGAAGGGGAAGUGGAAGUGGUAUCUGCACUACAGGGACAGCCGCAGCCUCCGAGAGGACGCACGCACAAGCGAGGACGCUCGAGACAGGAAGCGUUUCCUGGAUGGCUGCCAGGAGGCGGGGCCUGUGGAGGUGCUACCCUACCAUGAGUGUGAUGUCAUCACCCAGGAGCGGCCCAACUACCUGCAAUGUUUGGUCCGUCUGCAAGUUCAGAACGCAACCAGGCGGUUUCCCGUUUUUAUCACAGAAUCAACUGACGAAUCUUUUAGGAAGAGUGGGAUUUUUACGUUGACCGAAACUUUUGGAAUAUGAAGUUUCUUUGUAAAUGUUUCCAUUCUUUUUUUUAGUUGUUUUAUACAUAUUAAAAAAAAAAAAAAAAUGUGCCACACGACGUUUGCCAGAGCAUUUGUGAUGACUGGACAUUCUGGCUUGAGUCGUUGAGCCGCCUGCAUCAAUUCUCUCCACACACACACAUCUUCGAGGAGCACACACAAGCUGGUGUUUGUCCCAUAAAGGUAAGGUAGAAGCACGACAACUUAAAGAAAUGUGGGACAUUGCACGUUCAAUAGAGAGAGAAAGAAAUGGGAGAGAAAAAAAAAAACUCCUGCCUGAACGCGGACCUGAAUGACAAGGAGGUCCAGGUCAUCGUGGAAUGGGAUUACUCAUUCCCACUGUAUUGUCCCCAGGUGAAGCGAGUUAAUUGCAUUUGCUGUAAUUAAUCCUGAUGAAUUGUGAUGGAAAGCUUGUAAAAAGGAAUGU